UAAAGAUGAUGUCCCUGGCAGUUAUUAUUAAGGUCAUAAGGUUGAGAUCAUUUCCUGUUAGAAAUAUUUGGUUGCUCAUAUUUCUGUAGUAGAUUGUACUGAUAUGAACUGGAGUUUCCAUUUUUUAGAGUGUGGAUUAUAAUCACACAUGUCACUUCACUGCUGUGUUCCCUUCAUUGGCUCCCUAUAGCUGCCAGCAUCAGAUUUAAAACCUUGAUGCUUGCCUACAAAGCCAAAAAUGGCCCAGCCCCUCCAUACAAUGAUGUCAAAGGUCAAUGCCAAAUCCGUACCUUGAAUACUUUGAACCACAAGUACUUGGCUUGAAAUGCCAUGCUUCAAGUCUCAUGGAAGACAAGCAUCGAAACUAUUCUCUGUCCUGGUUCUCAGAUGAUGGAACGAACCUCUGCUGGCUGUCCGGACAGCAGAGUGCCUUGCAGUCUUCGUAGACUGAAGACCCAUCUAUUUGUGGAAUAUUUAAAUGACUGCUGAUCCUCCUCCUAUGGGUGUCUUGUGAAAUCGCCAUGCCUCCAGCAUUACAAAGAGAGGAGGCUCAGAAAUCAUGGGUGCUUUGUUUGGAUGACAAAUUCCCCAGUGCCCAGCGUCUCAACACUAAACACUGUAGAGUCUACUCUUUAAGGCUGGGAGGGGAAGACCUGUGGCUGGAGAAGGCUCUGGCCACCGCUGGCUGCGAGGUUCACUGUUUCGACCCCAGCAUCGGCGCGGCACACCUUCAGGACUCAGGGGUGUGGCUGCACCGGCUCUCCAUUGACUGGAGGGAGCCAAACCCAGCCAUCUCAGCACAGAGGCAACGCAGCAGCACCAAGAAGCUGGCCGCCAUCCUCAAUGACUUUGGGCACAGACAGGUGGAUGUGCUGAAGGUAGACAUGGAGAGUGCGGAAUGGAAGAUUCUAGAGAAUCUGGUCCUGGAAGGAGUUUUGCAUUCUGUAGGCCUCCUGCUUCUUGAGGUCCAUCUGCAUUGGGCAGGGUUCGAGGUGGGCGGGGACGAGCCAAACGUGGUGCGCUAUUGGUUUAGCCUGCUGAGAGAGCUUGAGCGUGCACAUUUCAGUCUCUACCACAGCUACAGUGUCCCCGCAAAGCCACGCCUCUUUCUUCAGAGGAACCUACACAACACAAGCAGCACUUAUAUACUGGGGUGGGUCAACACACGUUACGCUCCGCAGUGAGAUCGACUUGCCUGGCACGAAUUUGAAUUAAGGGGAACAUUGUUCAGAAGGGCAUGGCAGCUGUGCUGACCAAAGUAAACUUUGAGGCCAAAAGUUGCAACCGGAUGUACUCAGAUUUGACAGUUUGGCCUGUUCACUGUAGUGCUGUUUUCAUAUGGCAGAGCUGCCUCGUCCUUUGUAGGGAAAAAGAUGAGGGCGGGGGGGCUAUAAUUGCUUCUAAGCACUCAGCAGCAUUUUAUGUAAAGGUCAUAUUAUUUCCAGAGGUCAGCUACGCAGUUAGAAAAGCUUCCGCGGGAGAGAGCCCAUCUACUGGUCAGGCGUUUGACCCUUCGCCUCUUAUGGGAAGAAUCUGGUCCGAGAACGAUGACCCUUCAUUCUGGGAGACACGGGGUGAGCUAGUCUUGGUUGGCGGGCAAAUGAACAGGCUCAAAAAAAAGAAGUAAUGAGGUUGGAAUAGAGCUCCAGGCAGGAAAAGAGCUCAAACCGAACACAGCAGACUAGUUUUGCUCUCUGGUAUGCUCAAAAUCUAAGAGACGCACAACUGACUAGAGUGGUCCUGCGAUUUAAGAAGGUUGGUCAGAAAGCAUAGGAGAAUGAGCCCCUGGGCUGUCGACGCAGACUGCUUGGGAAAAUGUUCCCUCCUCCCUCAUCCUUGGGAAGAAUUUUUUUUUUGUAUCGUCACCAUCAACACAUAAAGCUUCACCGAAAUAUUAGCUGACUACGUAGAAAUGGUUUGACAGAAUACAGCGACGUGAUGAAUUAUGGAUGAGACCCAGGAAGUUGACUUCCCUCGCACAUGCAUGCGUGCGAGGGAGACAUAAGCCGUGCUUACUUAAGCACGUUCGUGUGCUUCGGCUUUCAGUACUAUGGUCUCCUAUGUGUAAAAACAAAACAAAAAAACUAGAAACCAGACUUUCACACUUACAAAGUGGUCUCCCCCCUUGUAAGCCAAAUGCCUGGUUAUAUAGCUUCCAACAAGGCAUCUGCUCCUCAUUGAAGCCAGAAUUUUGGGCAUUUAAUUAAACCAAACAAGCGAGUAAAUGAACUGCACUCACAGGGAACGAAAGUGGCAUAAGAAAGGAGCGCAAAAUAAAGGCUUUGCAUUAGCAGUCUCACCUUGAUGACUCCUCUUGUUCAAAGAUAAACAAACAAUCAAUAAAUAAUCAUCUGACUCUGGUGCACAAAGUACGCUCGCCGUUCAAAGGAAAUGUGACUUGUCUUUGAGAAUCAGGCAUGUUUAUUAUCAAAAGGAAGCAACGGAGUUUGUCACUGCGUCAGGAGAUUCAUGACACGAGGCGGAUUAGUGCCACCCAACCCCGUGUGUUAUUAGUCUGCUUUUGGCUUUGUGUUGGCUGUUUGCUCCAUCACUUUGUUUAAAGGCCAUAGUGAACUGCCAAAUGUCUUCCAGAAAAAUUAUUUAUAGCACUUUCAGCCUGCUUGGAAACAAAGAUGUUUUGUACACAUUUGUCCCAUUUCAGAUGAUUAGCCCAUACAACGUAGUCAGAGGAUAGAGACAACUUGCAUUAAAUAUACAAAUGAGAACCCCUUGUGCUGUGUCAGCCAUGUCUGAUUCUGAUCACCAGUGAUACCAAACAGACUGAUGUACAAAAGGUUUUAUUACACUCAGAAACGGAUGUCUCACGCUGAACUGAAGUGUUGAUAUGCACGGCUUUAGCAGUGGAUGACUCCUUAAUAAUGAAAUGAAAAUAUAGAAUCGAAUUUAAAAGGCCGAUGUUGGGGGGGGGGGGGGGGCCUUUUA